AUGGCAAAGACUAAGGGUGAAACCGGUUCUGGAAGCACUCAACCUCCGACAAGGAAAAAGACCACCAAACCCCGGCCUCCGACGAAACGAACCACUAGACGAACCACGUCCGAGGAAACUUCUAUCAAAGGUACUGAAGAGCCGGUCAUAGCCAGUCAGACGGAGGAGAAAGGGCUAGAAGAUGCCCCUGCAGUGGAAGAAUGUGAGGUUGAGAAGGAAACCUCGGAGGAGAUGAUCGAGGUGUCGGAAAAACCCAUGGAGGAAGAACAGCCAGCACCUACCCCACCUAUAAAAAAGCCGAGGAAAGCUAUGAAGAAAUCAACCCCCGCUCAAACAGCAAAAGAGCGAGAACCCACUACAGUUCUCCCUAGACCACCGGCGCCAUCUCUUGAAGAAGGAAAGACGGCGACAGAGUCCGAGAAAGGAGAAGAAGAGGGAGAGGAAGCCACUCACGAGACAGAAGUGGAGGCUUCCACCCCCCAAAGCAAGGUGGUGAAGAUCGGAGCAAAAAGGAAGUUGGAUGUCACCAAGCCCCCGCUGCCCACAAAGACCAAACCGGCGGCGGCCGGAAGUAAGACGAAGGGCAAGGAAGUCCAGAGCAAGGCUAGGAAGGCAACCCCUGCUGAAAAAGGAAAAGGCAAACAAGACGAGGAAGAUCCAGAGAGGACUGAGACUGUGGAUAGCUCCAGAUCAGAGGACGUCUUGGCGCCAAAGAAACCCACCUCCAGUACAGCCACUACCGCGAAACCGAAGCUUACAAAGCAAAAAGGCUUGAUACGCACCACUGCUUCAGGAGCGGUCAUACCGAGAGAUAGCCAAAGGUAUGCCGUCCUUCAGAACAGAGAAAUUACCCCAUGGUAUUUUCUAGUUAAUGAAGCUUUGGAGGAGUUGGGGAUAAAGGAAAGAGUGGAGGGUUACUUCGACGGGAUAGGUUGGAAGAAGGUGUUGGAGUGGAAUCCGAAGGCAUUCCAGAAAUUGACGGAGGAAUUCAUGGGCACUGUUGAGUUUAAGCCCAAGGGAAACUACACGAUUAAGACCCCGGGUACUUUGCGGUUCCAGUUGCAAAGUAAGAUGUUUCCGCUUUCGAUCAAUGAGCUGAACAUCCACCUCGGGGUGAUUGAAGCCAGAGAUGUUUAUGAAGAGGAGUACAGGCAAGCUAAAACCAUAGCCCCACCAGAGUGGAGAAGUCAGAUUGACCACUACUGGUCGUUGUUGUCUACCGGGACCAAGUAUGUCAAAAACAACAGCAAGUCGAACGAGAUUCGGGACCCUGCCCUGCAGAUCUGUCAUCGGUGGCUGGCCUACAAUAUUUAUGGUCGGCUGAAGGGUUCUAACGUGGUCACUCAAUAG